CCAUCUCCAGGUAGAUCAGAUUUGCAUGUACUUGUGUCCCGGCUGGUGUAGCUCAGUUCGUACGUGUUCUGCCUUUAUAAGUAGCGCUUAAGCACGGCAAUAAUUUCUCAGACGCCCUCCGCUGAUCUCCAGUUCUCUAACAUUCUACCUCUUCCAGCUUUGCCGAACUAUUAUUGCUGCGCCUCAUCUGUAUAUUCUGCUGAUCAGAAUGGGUCACACAGCCAGUCGGAUAUGUACCCUUCUCUCGAUCCUCUUCGUUUCUUGUAUGCUUGCAUCUGCUGCCAAUGAUGGACUGAUCCGCAUCGCGCUGAAGAAGAGACCGAUCAUGGAGAGCAUCUACGGUGAACUAGUUCCCAAGAGUGGUACAGUGGACCACGAGGUUGCACUUGGGUAUUCUGGCGUCAGGAUGAAUUCGGCAGAUGAGGGAUUCUACGAUCCGGUCACGGAAGCCAUUAACCAUGUUCGUGUGCAUCAGCAAAGAAUGCUCAGGGACAUAGAGGCUGCAGCCAUGGAAGGGAGGCUCAAGCAUUUCUGGAGUUACAGAGGGUUCAGAGAAAGGGGUAGCCUGAAAAAUGGCACUCAGAAUCAUCCUCUAGCGCUGAAGAACUUUCUGAACGCUCAGUAUUUUGGGGAGAUCGGAGUUGGCUGCCCACCGCAGAAUUUUACGGUGGUCUUUGACACCGGGAGCUCCAACCUCUGGGUCCCUUCCGCCAAGUGCGUUUUUUCGCUUGCCUGUUACUUCCAUCGGAAGUAUGAAUCAAGAAGUUCCAGUACUUACAUGGAGAAUGGAACACCUGCUUCCAUUCACUAUGGAACAGGAUCUAUUCAUGGUUAUUACAGUCAAGAUCAAGUUACCAUUGGUGAUCUAGUUGUCAAUAAUCAGGAAUUCAUUGAAGCUACUCAUGAGCCUGGUCUUACGUUUCUAGCAGCAAAAUUUGAUGGCAUCCUUGGACUUGGAUUUAAGGAAAUUUCAGUUGAAGGUGCAGACCCAGUCUGGUACAAUAUGAUUCAACAAAGCCUUGUGACUGACAAGGUAUUUUCCUUUUGGUUAAAUCGAAAUGCAAACGAUAUCAAUGGGGGUGAGAUUGUGUUUGGAGGUGCUGACGAGAGCCAUUACAAAGGUGAUCAUACAUACACCCGAGUUACUCGGAAAGCUUAUUGGCAGUUUGAAAUGGGAGAUUUUCUUAUUGGAGGCAGGAGCACUGGAAUUUGUGUUGACGGUUGUGCUGUCAUAGCAGACUCAGGAACUUCGUUGAUUGCUGGUCCUAUAGCUGCUAUUGCGCAGAUCCAUGCACAUAUUGGAGCCACCGGUGUGGCAAACGAAGAGUGCAAACAAGUUGUUGCUAGACAUGGGCAUGAAAUGCUAGAGUUGCUGCAAGAUAAGACACCACCAGCACAAGUGUGUUCCAAAAUUGGGCUCUGCAAAUCCGAUGGAGCGCAUGGAAUUAGCGAUGGCAUUGAGAGUGUGCUGGGUGAGACGCACAAAUCUGCAGACGAAGUUUCUGACGCUACGUGUAAUGCAUGUGAGAUGGCAGUUACAUGGAUGCAGAGCGAAUUUGUUCAGAACCAUACAAAGGAGGGCAAGUUGGAGUAUGCUAAUCAGCUCUGUGGCAACAUGCCUAGCCCAGUAGGAUCAUAUGUGGACUGCAGACACAUCGGUCACUUGCCGAACGUCGCAUUCAGCAUAGGUGGAAGAGCAUUUGAGCUGACACCGGAGCAGUACAUUCUCAAAUUUGGAGAGGGAUUCCUGGCUCAUUGUAUGAGUGGAUUCACGGCUUUAGACAUUCCUCCUCCAAUAGGUCCUCUCUGGAUAUUAGGCGAUGUGUUUAUGGGGGCUUAUCACACCAUCUUUGACUAUGGCAAAAUGAGGGUUGGAUUUGCAGAUUCAGCGUGAAAGACUAGCAUUUCACAUUUUUCACUGCUGCAGUAGUGCAACACUACUUCAGUGGUGUAAAAUGUGUUCAUUCAUACAUGUUACAGUACUCUGUAUCUCUGCAAACUCCAAAUCUCGAAUAACAUCUGACAAUAGUUGAGGCCGUAUGUGUUCUUUGAAAACCUUUGAAUUAAGGUUGUUCAAUCUUAGUACUAGUGUUUUACUGCCUGCGUUCAUUUAUAUGUCGUUCAGAAUUACUACACAAUUAGCCAUCAGCUAACAAGCCCUGAAUAUAUACUUA